AGUUGGUAGCUAGUCGUUAGCUCCACAGCAGUUUACGUGACGCGUUAGCUACUUUGCGCUUUUAUCCUCUUACCUGGUUUGACGUAUAUGUCAUCCAUUACGUGUCAAAGCUGAGGCAGAAUAACUGAACUACACCGGCCGACAAACUACUAACAGAAACAACAACAACAAAAAAACUAGAGACAGGAGGCGGUUUUAUUUCCGGGUUAAGGAGCAGUCUCGAUGAUGUCAGGCGGUUCUUCUUGUCAUCAAAAAGCACUGGAUGUUAAUUAGACUAUUAUACAGUGAUGCUUGAACCAUGAACGCGUUUCAAAUAUAUUCAUAUUUCCAUCCAUAGAGCAGGAUUAGCAGAAAAUAGCAGGCAACGUAAAGUGGCAUCGUCUGUCGCAAUGUACACGGCAUAUGUUGACAGGACAACGUUUUAAAUGGUUUUAAACAACGUCAGGUGGUUCUUGGUGUCAUGGUAAGGAGUCAGUGAGACUCAUGUGUUAAUAUGUUUCAACCAUGAGCGCAUUUCAAAUUAUAUUCAUAGGGUUAGCCGAGGUGACGUAAAGAGGCAUCGUUUGACGUCUGUCGCAACGUACACGGCAUUUGUUGACAGGACAACACGUUUUAAAUGAAUUUAAACAACGUCAGGUGGUUCUUGCUGUCAUGGUAAGGAGUCAGUGAGACUCCCGUGUUAAUAUGUUUCAACCAUGAGCGCAUUUCAAAUUAUAUUCAUAUUCUAUCGAUUAGCCGAGUACAGCAGGUGACGUAAAGAGGCAUCAUCUGUCGCAAAGUACACGGAAGAACAACAAAUGUUGAAUAAGUGACGCUAUUUAUAUUUACACCGUAGCAGCAGAAGAGAAAAAAACGUAUUUGGACGUUUUGACCAUAAUCGUAACAAUAUCUUCUACACUGUUGCUCAGGAUUGGACGAAACUUGGCUGAGCGAGAGUCGUCGAGGGUGACGUCAUCGCGCAGUAGGGAGGGAGGGAAGGAGUGGGAUGCGACUGCCUCCUCCAUCAGUGAAACAAGAAGACAUCAUCACACAAGGACACCAGACUGAUGUGGUUGCUGUGGAAACGAAGACAUGCGGCAGUGAGGACUUUCAAAAUGUCUCUCUGAGUCGGUGCGCACGCGUGCACUCUGGAGCAGAUUAGAACCAUGAUGGGCAAGGACUACAUGCUGGCCAUCAUCAUUGUCAACUGUGACGACAACAUCUGGAGCGACCAGAACCUUCUGCCGGACCCGGACCUUCCCGCCGGAUGGAGGACCAUCCGAGACUCCGCCGGAACCUACUAUUGGCACGUGCCCAGCGGAACCACCCAGUGGCAUCGACCCAGACUCGAGGGGAAGCCGCAGCCGCAGGACGAGCGAGGAACAGCGGACGGCGGAGCUCGGACGUCCGACGUCUCCCGUCGCCGUGACGACAACUCGCAGUGUUUCUCGGUGCGCUCGCUGGGCUGGCUGCAGGUGGAGGAGGACGACCUGUCCCCGGGGCGCGGCGGCCUGGCGGUGGGGGACAUCAUCCGGCAGCUGUCCCGCCCCCCGGGUCCGGGGGUCUCGGGCGAGGGCCGCGAUAUGAGGCUGCUCCUGAAGCGGGAAACGCUCACCCUUCUGGACCCGACGGACCACACCCCCUUGUACCAUCAGCCCAUCGUCAACAUCCGCGUGUGGGGGGUGGGCGGUGACAACGGCAGGGACAGGGACUUUGCCUUCGUGGCGGCCGACAAGGACAGCUGCGUGCUCAAAUGUCACGUCUUCCGCUGCGACGCGCCCGCCAAGGCCAUCGCCGGCGCGCUGCAUCGCAUGUGCUCGCAGAUGAUGUCCCAGAAGACGUCCCGCUCUCUCUCCGUGGACAGCGUCUCGCCGGAGGAGCCUCCGCGACGAGCUGAAUUCUCGGGGGCGGGGUUCCGAAGCGUCCGCAAGUUCGACGUCCACUACGUUGGCAACCUGCCCGUGUCCCGCGCCAUGGGCAUGGAGGUGUUAAACUUGGCCAUCGAGAGCAUCGUCAACUCCACCCGUCGUCACGAGUGGGAGGCGGCCGUCAUCCACGUGACGGACAGCUUCCUGUCCGUCUUCAAGCAGCAGGAGGGGGAGGAACCGAUGUGGGCGUGCCAGGUGCGAUUCCUCAGCUUCCUGGGCGUCGGUCACGACAGCCGCACCUUUGCAGUCAUCGCCGACGGCGGCCGGCAGCGUUUCGAAUGUCACGUCUUCUGGUGCCGGCCGGACGCCGGCCUCUUGUCGGAGGCCGUACAGGCCGCCUGCAUGGUUCAGUAUCAGAAGUGUUUGGUGGCUCAGACGCCUCCGCCCAGGAGCCGAGUGCGGCACGAGGCCACGCCCAAAGUGAAACGCGCCAACUCGAUGGACGGCGGCGCCUUCCAAAGCGGCGGCGCCACCACGCCGCGAAAGGGGAACGGCGGCGCGCGGCGGGGCAUGAUGGCCUUCUUCGACAGCUUCCGGAACAAACGGGCCGCCGCCUCGUAACGCCGGAAGAAGGCUAGCUCGCCCGAACCGUGUCGCGGAAUCUCGCUGAAAAAAUAAAGCGGUUUCACAUUGACCCGAUUGGCUGCGCAUCUGUCGUUUCUCCGCGUUAGCGCUCCGACGGUCUUUCCGUGCUUUGACGUGGAUUGAUGACUUGGCGG